AAUGAGUUGAGUUCAGUUGGUGAUGAACCUACUGCUACACAUCCUGAUAAUCGAUUAAGCAGUUCUUAUAAUUGCAUGUUAUUUUGAAUGUCCUCCAGUUUGUGUUUACUUUGCUAUAAUGCUAGUCCAGUCCAGGUGACAUGCUCUUACAAAUUGACAGCGAAAUAGUUGAUGUAUUGUAAGCAUUGUGGUUGCACAUUGGAAUCUAUUCCUUUAAUUAUAUGUAAUAUAGACUAGAAUGCUACCUGCUGUUAACUUUUCCGAGCCCAGUCAAGAGUGAAUAGGAAUUUACUAGGCAGAUCAGACAGACUGAAAUGAUCUUCACCCCUUUAUAACAAGACACAAAAUGGGUUGCGGCUCUUCAGGCAACGUGGUGCCAGUCCAAGAGGACGCAAGCAACGGUCAUAGCAAGGUUACCAAUGGAGUGAAAGGGUUAAAUGGUCACCAUGACAAUGACCAUGACAGCUUGCCCACUGUGGUCCUGCCAGAGACCCCUAUAAAGCCUAAACCUCGAAAUCUUUUUCCAGCGGUGGCCUUCGAGAUCCCCCUGGACGAGUUCGAUGCUACCCGCAAGGAGUCCACCCCUCCUCCCCACCUUCAGAGGCUGUUACAGCCCCCUCAGCCGGAGAUCAGCCUGCCAGAUAUUGAGGAGAAGCUGGCUGAGGCGGAGCAAAGGAGACUGUCGAUUCUGCAACAGAGGGCAGCAUCGGCGCAAAAACGGUCGCAGAGGAUGAUGAAGUCGUUACAUGAAAUGGAGAGGCUGGAUUCUGAUCGGGAGCACCCUGAGACGGGGAAGCACGGCACCAACGCGCUCACCAUCCCGCCCGAACCUGGAGUCUGCGAGGACAAAUACAUCACUUAAUUUUUAAUUAUUUUAAAUAAAUAUAAGAUGAAAAUCAUGGACAAUCGACGCCAAUAUAAUUCAAGAAGAAAAAAUUGUAGUCUGAUAAAGAUCAGCCUUAGCUAAACGCCAAAAUGUGUAUUGUGGAAUUAUUGUGGAAUUCGUUCGUUCCUUCAUUUCAACCUCGAUAUCUACUGUUGAAAAAAGCAUUUAUCAAAGAUUUCCUCAACGACUGUUGGAACUUUUAUAGGGUUAUGUCAUGGUGAAAUUGUUAACUCCGUCAGUUUAUAAUAUAACGCGUGUGAUUGUAAACUUAGGCUGGAUUGCACCAUCUUACUUUAUCUUCGACAAACGUCAAAACUCUUUCAAACUCCAUA